AUGUCUCUCAACGAAGACGUACUUUCUCAAAUAUUUAAAGAAUUAAAAGAUGAUAAAAAUUCUCUCUAUUCAUGUCUUUUAGUUAACAGACUUUGGUGCGCAAUAACUGUACCAAUUUUAUGGAGAAAUCCUAACCAUCAUUAUUAUUUUCUCCCUUCAUCGUUAAUUUAUCAUACCUUUAAUUCCUUUUGUUAUUACAGUAAACCGAGAAAUUUAUUUAAUACAAUACUUUUACAUUUAUCGGAAGAAUCUAGAGAUAUUUUGAAGAAUCAAGGAAUUAAUAUUGAUGAAAAAUAUAAGCAUCCUUUAUUUAAUUAUAUUAACUACUGGAAAUAUUUGAAUUUCCUAUUUAUGAGAGAUUUGAUUUAUGAUAGUGGAAUUGAUAAAUCCAAAGUAUCUAUUAUAAAAAAUGAGAUAUUAAAGUUAUUCAUAAACAAAAAUACAAAUUUUGUUCAUCUUACUAUUUUAAAUCAUUUAACUUGUGUUCCAAUAUAUUUAGAUUAUCAACCACAUCUUAUUUCAGGAUUUGAAUGUUGCUUUUCAAAACUUGAAUCUAUUCAUUGUAAUAAUUAUUUUAAUCAGGAUAUUUUAAAGGAAUUAGCGAAAAUAUGCAAAUCAAUUAAGGAAUUGAAAUUCGAUAUUAUUUGCCAAAAUACUACUAGUGGAAUCAUUGAAUUAAUUGAAGUACAAAAAAACUUAAUUGAUGUCAAUUUCUCCAAAUUUGUACGUUUCAAUAAUCGAUUAUUUAUAAGAUAUCUUGAAGAAUCAUUGAUUAAGCAUGCAGAUACUAUUCAAUGUUUGAAAAUUAAUCGUAUACCUAUUUUGAAACUUAAAAAAUUUCUUUCAUAUUUUGUAAGUUUAUUAAGGUUAGAAAUUGUAUUUAACAAAUUUUGGGACGAUUCAGAUAAAGAAAAUUUAACAUUACCUAUUUUAAAAGCUUUAAAAGUUCGACUAGUUUCUCCUAAUAUUGUGAUAAAUAUAAUCGAAAACACAAAGGGACACCUUUCUGAAAUUUGUUUAGAUUAUGAUGAUUAUCAUGAUAAUGGAAUUGAAAAAAUUAUACAAGCAAUAUAUCAAAAUUGCUCAAAUCUUCAAUAUCUUAAAUUAUUAUGUGAGAUUGGAUCACUUAUUUCGGAAUUGGAAAAUUUAUUGAUUAAUUGUCAAUUUUUAAAUGAAUUGGUUAUUGACGCACUCAAUAAUUUUGAUAUGGAUAAAUUAUUUAUAUUAUUGACUAAAUUUUCACCAAUUACUUUAUUUAAGUUUGAAUUUAUUGAUUAUAGGAUUAAUUCGGAUGAUAUAAAAUUAUUUUUUGAUAAUUGGAAAGACAGAAAUCCUAUGUUACUAAAAUUAAUGUAUCAACGGAUUUCUAUUAGUAAUGAAAUAGAGCAGCAAUUAGAAGAUUUAGUUGAAGAAUAUAAAGCAAAAGGAAUAAUUAAAAAAUAUUUCUUUGGUUGUUAUAGCGUAUAAAAAUAAGUAUUCUUUAUUAUUAUGUAUAGAUAAUGUUCUGUAAGAAGAAAUUGAAUUGAUUACAAUUGAUUUUAAAAAUAUCUAAACAACAAGAAAUUAAUGUCAACUGUUGUAAAAUUAAUUUUAUUCAUGUAUUUGAUUGGUGG